AUGGACGCAAAGGAAGUUGCAAAACAUAACUCUCGGGAGUCGUGCUGGGUCAUUAUUAAUAAUGUUGUUUACGACGUCACAGACUUUCUAGACUCCCACCCCGGCGGUUCAAAGAUCAUCCUAAAGCUCGCCGGCCGAGACGCAACCUCUGAAUACGACCCAAUUCACCCCCCGGGAACGCUCGAAGAGAACCUCACCCCCUCCCAAAUCCUCGGUCCCAUCGACCCCUCUACCCUCUCCUCUCUCUCCUCCACAACCCCUAAAUCUACAAUCCCCACACCCCCAAUACCGCCACUCGAAGAGCAGCUCAACAUCGACGACUUCACCCGCACCGCCGAACGCAUCCUGCCGCCAAAGUCAUGGGCAUACUACUCCUCGGCCUCCGACGACCUCAUCACAAAGCACCACAACAACACAGCCUACAAGCAGAUCCUCCUACGCCCGCGCAUCUUCCGCGACGUCAAGGACGUCGACACGACCACGACGAUAUGCGGGUCGCCGAGCAGCCUCCCGAUUUUUGUGUCCCCAGCGGCAAUGGCACGGCUUGCGCACCCCACGGGUGAGGCAGGGAUCGCAGAGGCGUGUGGUGCGCAGGGUGUGAUUCAGUGUGUGUCUAAUAAUGCGUCGCUGCGCCCUGAGCAGAUCGUUGCUGCGCGGAAAAGCACAAGCCAGCCGUUGUGGUUCCAGCUGUAUGUGCAGAUCGAGCGCAGCAAGAGCGAAGCCCUAUUGCAGCGCAUUAACACAAUGGGCUUCACGGCGAUAGUGUUAACGCUCGAUGCGCCCACGCCUGGGAAGCGGGAGGCCGACGAGCGCGUCAAAUUUGGCGGGGAGAGCGCGGUGUCGGGGACUUCGGGUGAGGGCGGGGGUGUGAGGUCUGCGACGGCGGUGAAGAGUGAAGGUCUUGGGCGCGCGCUGUUCGCAGGGACGUCGCCGAGCCUGACGUGGGAGGACCUAAAGUGGUUGAGGUCGCAGACGCAUCUUCCCAUCAUCUUGAAGGGAUUGCAGACGCAUGAGGAUGCCGCGAUUGCAGCGAGCAGGGAGUGUAGGGAGUUGGGGGUGACGGGGAUCAUUCUUUCAAACCAUGGUGGGCGCGGGGCUGAUACGGCGCCGCCGCCGGUGUAUACGUUGCUGGAGAUUCGGAGGCAUGUUCCCGAGGUGCUGAGGAGGUUGGAGGUGUAUGUGGAUGGCGGGAUCCGCAGGGGAACGGAUGUGGUGAAGGCACUGUGCUUGGGUGCAACGGCGGUCGGGAUUGGGAGGCCGGCGCUGUAUGGGUUGUCGGGGUACGGGCCGGAGGGGGUGGAGAGGGUAUUGACUAUCCUGAGGGAAGAGGUUGAGACUGCGAUGAGGUUGCUGGGGGUCAACAGGAUUGAUGAACUGGGGAUGCAGCAUAUUAAUGCGAGGGCAUUGGAGGGAUUGAUUUAUAUGCCCGAGCCGGACAACGGUUUCGUCAGGGCAAAGCUAUAG